ACGACGGCUUCUUAACGGUUAAAACUUUCAAAAUCAAAUUCUCUCACCUUUGUCUAGCCUAUUCUUCCUGCAAUUCGAAAUCUUACAAGUUUCUACUCUCAUGGCAACGCAAACAGAAACAUUAAACACCCCCAAGAGGGCUAGGUUUGAGGUAUCUUCAAAAUACUUACAUUGCAAUUUGGUGACCAAAGUCAGGGUGAUUGUAAGGGUGCGCCCAUUUCUCCUUUCUGAAAUAGAAUCCAAGGGAGGAAACCCCAUACCAUGUGUCUCAGUUGUCAGCCCAGAGAACGGAUCUGACCAAGAAGUCUCUGUUUAUCUCAAAGACUAUGAGACCAGUCGAAACGAAUGUUACAAGUUAGAUUCGUUCUACGGUCAGGAGAACGACAAUGUGAGUCAGAUAUUUCAGAAAGAGGUUAGUCCUUUGAUUCCAGGGAUCUUUGAUGGUCGCAAUGCUACUAUUUUUGCUUAUGGAGCUACAGGCAGCGGAAAGACCUUCACGAUGCAGGGCACUGAUGAGCUGCCUGGUCUCAUGCCACUCACAAUGUCAGAAGUCCUGUCCCUUUGCGAGAGGACAGGAUGUUCAGCAGAGAUUUCCUACUAUGAAGUCUAUUUGGACAGGUGCCAUGAUCUCUUAGAACCCAAAGUAAAAGAAAUUUCGGUGUUGGAAGACAAGGAUGGACAGGUUCAACUUAGGGGGCUCUCUCGGGUCCCUGUGGCUUCCAUGUCCAACUUCCACCAGAUCUUUUCUUCUGGGGUUCAAAGGCGCAAAGUUGCACAUACAAGUCUGAAUGACGUCUCUAGUAGAAGCCACGGGGUGCUUGUGAUUCUUGUUUCAACCCCAUCUGGUGAUGGUUCUGGAAAUGUUGUCAAAGGAAAGCUGAACCUCAUAGACCUAGCAGGUAAUGAAGACAACAGAAAGACCUGCAAUGAAGGAAUUCGUCUGCAAGAGAGUGCAAAAAUCAACCAGUCUUUGUUUGCUUUGUCCAAUGUGAUCUAUGCUCUUAAUAACAACAAAGCCAGAGUGCCUUACCGAGAAAGUAAACUGACCCGGAUAUUACAGGAUUCUCUUGGUGGAAAGAGUCGUUCCUUAAUGGUCGCUUGUCUCAAUCCAGGGGAAUACCAAGAAUCAGUUAACACAGUCAGCUUAGCUGCACGGUCACGCCAGAUUUCAAAUUAUGUCCCUUCAGCUCAAAAACAAAAUACACCAAACGUGAAAAUUGACAUGGAGGCAAAACUACGUGCUUGGCUUGAAUCAAAGGGCAAGACAAAGAACACACAGAGAAGUGGAGCCUUUGCUUCUCCUCUUUUAAGCAAAACUCCCAAUUCUUUGAGCUCUGUAAAGAAGCCCAGUUUACACCAGAGCUCUGCAAAAGCCAAGCCAACUGACAAUCAAGGUUUAUCUAAUGCAAAAGAGCGGAAUCCAGCUGCUGGAGCAGAAGCUUCUUUAAUGGAGGUAAAGGAAAAGAUACUUCACAAGAUGAAUGAUUCUAACUUGUUCAGUGUUACGAAGGAUGAUGGAUCAACAAUUGCCAUGGAUGACAGCUCUAAAGACUGCUCGAUUGGUCCGCUGCAUGCUGAUAUUCAGUAUAAUAUAAAUAACCAAGGAGUUAAGGAUCAUAUAGAAAACAAUGAUACAGAUUCUGGAAAGACUAGCAGUCUCAAGUCAGAAACUUAUCAUCCUGGUGGAUGUUUGAGCGAGGGGAAGACAACCAUCCCAUGUAACAACUCUGUAGGAUCACCAUUAAUUGAUGAAUCUUUUCACAAGGAGUACAAGACAACCAUUCUUAGUGAAUCUCUGGAGUCAAUACCAGUAAGUCAGAGGAUUAGAGCACUGCAAAAUUCUCUAAGAAAAGUUCUUUCCCCCAUUCACUCCAAUAUAAAAGCAAAUACCAUAGAAAAUCUUUCAUCCAAAGACCGGAUAUGUUUCGUUCUUUUUGAGCCAGAGACUCCAAAAACACCACUUGACAGCAGUCAACUGACAGUCACUCCGCUUGACAAGUUCAAUACACAGAGUGCCAACUUGAAGGCUUCUCUAGUUGAAGAAUAUCUUGCAUUCUUGAAUUCGGCAACCAGAGAGGAGCUACAGAGGUUAAAGGGGAUUGGGCAGAAGAGAGCAGGUUACAUACUCCAGCUUAGAGAAACCAGCCCUUUAAAAUCGCUAUGUGAUUUGGAGAAGAUAGGCCUUUCUUCCAAACAGGUCCAUGACAUGUUUCGAAAAGCUGCAAGAGGAAUUUUUGACUGAACCGGAUGAUUCCACGUAUAUUCGUUAGUUGGUAAAGCAACUUAAGUGAGUUGCCAUGUAGACAUUGUUGGGCCUCCCUGGAGUGGUGCUCUUGACGGAACAGGAAGGAUUUGGUUUGGCAUUGAGCUCAGUGAUGCUGUCUGAGCUAUUGAUUUGCGUUUUAGAUUGGAUAGAAUUUAAUUUGGCAUUGAGCUCUUGAUAUGUACAAUUGUAAUAUUGCAAUAUUUUUAACUGCAGUGUUUACUUUUUUAUUUCGCUUUUCUGAUGGGAGAUUGUCAUCCCCAGUUGUAAAACGCCUAUAAUGCCUUUCCCGGUUUUCUCAAAUGUAGUAAAUAGUGUAACUAGCUUAUUGGCAUCAAUAGGAGGAAGUAUCCAGCGAUUUGAACAA